ACUUCAUUGGUUAGUGUCAUCAGUCAUCCCAUAAUAUUAUAAAAUUUUGUUGUGUACACCUUUAUUCUGAAAAUAUAUUUUCGUUGAACGUUUUUUGUGAUCCAUCAUUCACAAACAAUGAAUUUACUUGAAUUACCAGACUGUAUGCUUGAGCAAAUUUUCGAAUGCUUAACAUACGAUGAAAUAGCUAAAAAGAGAUUGGUGUCAACGAAAGUCAACAGAAUUUGUCAACAAUUGCUGAACCGCGGAUUCUCCAAGCUCAUCAAACGACAUUCUUAUGAGAUGAAAAAAAUUAAGUCGUUGCUACCGCGUAGAGAAUCCGAAAGAAGACAUCACCCGCUUAUCAAACAUGCUGAUAUUUUAACAUGUAUCGAAACGCGCAUUUCAAUGCUCUCCAUGACUUACACCAAGUACAUUGACAUGAGUUUGUGCUGCUUCAUACCCGGGAAAAUAAUCGAUGAGGCUUUGAAUAUAUUGCGAUUGGUGAGCGACACGACUGGAAAUAAUCGGCAACUACGGGCCCAUGAAGUAUUACAAGAACUGAGAGACAUUAGUUCAAUGGCCAUAGACCAUUUUGAUGAAAAAAUUGCCCACAUUUUGAAGAAAGCUUUUUGUGAUCUGAGCGCACAGAAAUUUGGCUCAUCCAUAUAUCAAAUUAUGCAAUCACCGAUCGACGCUGCUAUUGCCAUUCAAUCCGAUUUCAAUGCAACCAGUCUCAUUCGUGAUACGGCUAAGCCUAACAACAAACCUUCACCUUGCCAAUGUCCAGAUGCUAUAAACAGUCGGCGGGCUUACCUUCGCCUCAACAGAAAAUACAAAUCGGUUAUGAGAAAGUUGACUCAUGUCAGUUCCCUUCAAAGCAAACAAUUGCGUAUUCAACGGAGCUGCGCCCUUUCAAUGUCUCAAAUGAAUUCCCAAAUAGUCGAUUUGCGUCGACGACUGGAAGAGUCCGAAUCCAAGAAUCGCGAAAUUGCCGCAAAUUUCAAUCAGAUGGCUGUAAUGGAGCAAACCAGUUCCAGCGGAAAUAAGAAAAUAACUCGCAAUAUUAAGCCACGAGCGGCUACCAUCAUUCUGAAGCGACGAAUAAACGAACAAAUUGCUUCGAAUAACAAAAGAGCGAAAGUGGUACCGCAGAUAUAGGAGGUUACGUGGUUACACAUACCUAGGUUAGACUUUUUUUUUGUUAAGUGAUCAUUUACUGAGUUUAUUCAAACUUCUUUUGGAGUUGCUCAUUAUACACAAUUUAUUGAUCUUUCUUCGAUAAUAAAUUUGAUUUCAACUAAUCGCAAAAAA